AAAAACAUUUUUCCAUUGACGGUGACGCGCUGCAUUUUUUCUGCUCGGGAAGCUGAGCGCACUUUCCCCUUUUCUCCUCAGCCUGCCUAAUCAUCUUAUUCUUUCCUUUUAAGAAUUGAGUUUUACAUUCGAAUAUGACCGUGUUCGAGUUUUAAAACAAUAAAAAUCAAAACCUCGCUGUUUUUUUUUCCAGAUAAUAAAAAUAAACCGACUUUCGCUGGCUGAGCUGCUCGGCUAACGACGGUGGGCUCUUGCGAUGCCUCGGACGCAGGAACCUGAUCCUGCUCAGUCAGAGGUUGAAGAAGUGCCGAAGGAGGCGUGUACCAGCGGCGAGACCUCACGCCGGCGUCACGUUGACCCGGAGGAUGACCGGGAUGAACUUCCAGAAGAAGAGUUUGGAUCGGAGGAGUCCGGACACUGCUUGAAGGAGGAGCCUGUGGAGCUGAACAGCGAUGAUCAAGGGAGCGAUUUCGACAGGCUGAAUAUCAUCUGCAUCAAGGAGGAAGAUCCAGAGGAUGACGACUACCUCUACUGCGAGGAAUGCAGGUGCUUUUUCGUGAACAAGUGUGAGGUUCACGGUCCAGCUCUGUUCAUACCCGACACUCCUGUUCCCAUGGGGGUCGCCGACCGUGCCAGACGAACCCUUCCAUCAGGGCUAGAGAUUCGGAAGUCCGACGUUCCCGACGCAGGCUUGGGAGUGUUUAAUAAUGGAGACACUGUUCCAGUUGGAGCACACUUCGGGCCAUACCAAGGAGAUCCGGUAGACAGAGAGGAGGCAAUGAACAGUGGUUAUUCAUGGGUGAUAUACAAAGACAGACAGCGUGAGGAAUACGUCGAUGCUACGAAUGAGAUACAUGCUAACUGGAUGAGGUAUGUGAAUUGCGCUUGUGCUGAUGAAGAUCAGAAUCUCAUGGCCUUUCAGUAUCAAGGAGGGAUUUUCUAUCGUUGCUGCCGACCCAUCAAACCAGGACAGGAGCUUCUAGUGGGCUACGAAGAGGAAUACGCCAAAGAUCUCAGUCUUGCUUUCGAAUACCUCUGGAACAAAAAGUGUUCCCUAAAUGAAAUGAAUGGCAUCCUGUUGCAAGCCCUCUCCUGCUCCUUGUGUGCACUUUCCUAUACAUCCUUAUUUCACUUCCACAAACAUAUCAAGAGAUGCCACUAUGAGGAGUAUGUGAGACUGACGAAUUCAGGAGAGAUAAACUGUGAAAAAUUCAAUGUGAUGCCCACCAACAGCUCCAGUAGUCACCAAAUUGGAGCUGACUCCUCCGGUACUUUGUGCGUUACAACCUCCGACGGUCGCAUGCGAAUAAAAACGCACCACUGCUCCGACUGCGGUAAAAGUUUCCUUCAAGAGAGUGAUCUUGAACUGCACCAGCAAAUUCACGCGGGAAAGAAGAUAAAGUCAUACGAGUGCUCGCACUGUGGGAGGAGUUUUACUCAAGUGAGUCACCUCAGAGCCCACAAGCGCAUUCACACAGGCGAGAGGCCGUAUCGCUGUUCAGAGUGCGGAAAGAGUUUUAUUCAAAGGAGUAACCUCAGAACACACCUGCGCAUCCACACGGGAGAGAAGCCAUAUUGCUGCUCGGAGUGUGGGCGGGGUUUUACUCAUCAGAGUAACCUUAACACACACCAGCGCAUUCACACAGGAGAGAGACCGUUUCACUGUUUGCUUUGUGGAAAGACCUUUGCGCAACAGAGCGCUCUCCGUCUACACCAGCGCGUUCACACCGGAGAGAAGCCGUACCGCUGCGCCGAGUGCGGAAAGCGGUUUGUUCAGCUGGCAGGCUUGCAGAAACACCAGUCUAUUCACAAAAGAGAGAGGCCUUAUCACUGCUUACAGUGCGGAAUAAGUUUCACUCAUCGGACUCAUCUUCAAGAGCACGAGCGCAUUCACAUUGGGGAGAGGCCGUAUCACUGCGCACAGUGCGGGAAGAGUUUUUCUCACCAGCGUAAUUUGCAUCAGCACGAGCUCAUCCAUACGAAAGAGAAGCUGUACCACUGUUCGCAGUGUGGGAAAAGCUUUUCUUUCCAGCACAGAUUGCAGCGGCAUCUUCGCAUUCACACCGGGGAGAGACCGUAUCAGUGCUUACAGUGUGGGAAGAGUUUUUCCUCCCAGCACAAGUUGCAAGUGCACCAGCGCGUUCACACAGGAGAGAAGCCAUAUUCCUGUUCACAGUGUGGGAAGAAUUUUACUAGUGCCAGUAGUCUCAAGAUACACCAGCGUAUUCACACAGGAGAAAAGCCAUAUCAUUGCUCGCAGUGCGGGAAGAGUUUCACUUGCCGGACUAACCUCCGACAACACCAGCGCAUUCACACAGGAGAGAAGCCGUACGACUGUUCGAAGUGUUCCAAGAGUUUUACUUGCAAGUCUAAUCUCCGACAACACCAACGCGUUCACACAAAAGAGCGAAGCUAUGAAUGCUCAUACUGCGGGAAGAGUUUUACUCAAGCAAGUUAUCUCCGACGACACCAGCGUAUGCACACCGGCGAAAGGCCGUACCAUUGCUCUCACUGUGGGAAGAGUUUUGCUCAGCAGGGCAACUUCCGAACACAUCUGCGCAUUCACACAGGAGAGAAGCCUUAUCACUGCUCAGAGUGCGGUAGAGGUUUUACUCGCCAAAACGCUCUCCAGCUCCACCAGCGCAUUCACACUGGAGAAAGACCAUAUCAGUGCUCAGAAUGUGGGAAAACUUUUAUUCAAAAGAUCAAUCUCCAGAUUCACCAGCGCAUUCACACAGGAGAGAAGCCAUACCACUGCACCGAGUGUGGCCGGGGUUUUACUCACCCGACGUCUCUCCAUGACCACCAGCGCAUUCACACCGGAGAGAAGCCGUUUCAGUGUUUACAGUGUGGGAAGAGGUUUUCUCAGCAGAGCACUCUCCACAUACACCAGCACGUUCACACAAGAGACAAGCCGUACAAGUGUUCAGAAUGCCAGAAGAGUUUUACUCACCUGAGUCUCCUCCAACAGCACCAGAGCUUUCACACAGGGGAGAAGCUCUACCACUGCUCGCAGUGUGGCAAGAGUUUUGCUUACCAGCGCACUUUUCGACGACACCAGCGCGUUCACACGGGGCAGAAACCAUAUUGCUGCUCUCAGUGUGGAAAGAGUUUUACCGAAAUGGGAAAUUUCCAAAAACACCAGCGCAUCCACACUGGAGAGAAGCCUUAUCAGUGUUCAGAGUGCGGAAAAAAGUUUGCUCAACUGGGAGGUUUUCAAAGACACCAGCGCAUUCACACCGGAGAGAAGCCAUACAGUUGCUCGGAAUGCGGGAUGAGUUUUGCUUAUCAGAGUACCUUGCAACGACACCAGAGUGUCCACACAGGAGAGAAGCUGUAUUCCUGCUCACAGUGUGGUAAGAGUUUUAAUUACCUGGAAGGUUUCCAAAUUCAUCAGCGAAUUCACACGGGAGAGAAGCCGUAUCAAUGUCCGCAGUGCGGGAAGAGUUUCACUUGCAAGUCGAAUCUCCGACAACACCAGCGCAUUCAUACAGGAGAAAAGCCCUAUCAGUGCACACAGUGUGGAAAAAGUUUUACCUGCAGGUCUAACCUCCGGCAACAUCAGCGCAUUCACACAAAAGAGGGAAGCCACACAUUGGAGCCGACACCUUAAUAUACUACAGAAAAGAACUGAUAAAACUGAGCUUUGAUUAAGAUUACAGAUUUCAUCUUACCUUGCUUCAUAGUGAGGUAGCAUGGUGACAGACGGUGGUGUUGGUACCUUAGCUCCAGGGUAAGAAUCGUGUAGUGUGUUCUCACUGUUCUCCUUGUCCUCCCACCUACCAAAUACAUGGCAGUAGACGGAUACUCUAAAUCAGUGGUCCCCAACCCCCGGGUCUCAACCGGCACCAGUCCGUGGGUUAAUUGGUACCGGGCCGCACAGAAAGAAUACAUAACUAUUUCCGUUUUAUUUAUUAUCUGAUUCUGAACGAUGUUUUAUUUUGUAAAAUUACCGGAUUCUCAAACCCCCAGGUGAGCAAAAUGAACAA